AUUAUUGUUGAUUGUACUGACAUUGAAGUGGCCACACUAAGCCUUAUGAGUCAACAAAAUGUGACCUAUUCAAGUUACCGUGGGAUGAACUCAUUCAAAGUCUUGACAGGGGUUGCACCUAAUGGGGUGUUGACCUACAUUAGCAACCUCUACCCUGGAUCCAUCUCCGACAAAGAGAUUGUCCAGCAAUCUGGUUUUCUACAGCACUUUGUUCCAGGUGAUCUGAUCUUGGCAGACAAAGGAUUUCUCAUUUAAGACAUUGUUCCUAAGGGUGUGUCUGUGAACUUUCCACCAUUUCUUGAACAUGGUAAAUUUACUGAAAGUGAGGCCAAGUUAACCAAGUCAAUAGCUAGAUGUCGCAUACAUGUUGAAAGGGCAAAUGCAAGGCCCAAAGAUUUUAAAAUUCUGAGUUUUGUCCCUCCAUACUUAAGGUCUCACAUUGACAAAGUGUUUCAGUUAUGUGCAGCGAUUGUCAACUUGCAGUUUCCUUUAAUUAAAGAGGGGUGUGAGGGAACAGACUUUGACUAG